AUGCUCGACAUCAACCUGUUCCGCACGGAUAAGGGCGGCGAUCCGGAGAUCGUCCGGGAGUCUCAGCGCCGCCGCUUCGCGCGCGUGGAGGAUGUCGACGACGUCAUCGCCAUGGACGCCAAGUGGCGCGACGCCCGCUGGGAGCUCGACAGCGUGAACGCCGAGUUCAACAAGGCCAACAAAGAGGUGUCAAAGCUCAAGGUUGCCAAGGAGAACGCGGAUGAGGCGAUCGCUAAGGUCAAGGAGCUCGCCGCCCGCCGCGUCGAGCUCGAGCAGCAGGAGAAGGACGCCGAAGAGGCUGUGAACACGCUCCUGAAGCGAAUCGGAAACAUCGUGCACGACUCUGUCGUCGUCAGUCAGGACGAGGAGAACAACGCGAUCGUCCGCACCUUCGGUCUGGACACCAAGCGCAUGGAGGAGAAGCUGCCCAACCACGUGGACCUGAUCGCCAUGCUCGACAUCGCCGACACCGAGCACGGCACCGACGUCGCGGGAGGCCGCGGCUACUUCCUCACAGGCGCCGGCGUGCUCCUCAACCAGGCGCUCAUCAACUACGCGCUCGCCUUCCUCGCCGGACGCGGACACACCCCGCUCGGCACCCCUUUCUUCAUGCGUAAGGAUCGCAUGGCGGAGUGUGCGCAACUGGCGGAUUUCGAUGAGCAGCUGUACAAGGUGAGUGAGGGUGAUGACAAGGAGGACAAGUACCUCAUCGCCACCUCGGAGCAGACGUGCUGCUCGUUCCUCCGUAAGAGAUGGAUCCAGCCCAAGGAGCUGCCCAUUCGCCUCGCGGGCUACUCCACAUGCUUUCGCAAGGAGGCUGGAUCUCACGGUCGCGACACCCUGGGUAUCUUCCGUGUGCACCAAUUCGAGAAGGUUGAGCAGUUUGUCGCAGUGAGCCCGGACGGCGAUGAGAGCUGGCAGGAGAUGGAGCGCAUGAUUGGCAACUCCGAGGCAUUCUACCAGAGCCUCGGCAUCCCGUACCAGGUCGUCAACAUCGUUUCCGGCGAGCUGAACGACGCCGCGGCGAAGAAGUACGAUCUCGAGGCGUGGUUUCCUUCCUCGAAGACAUGGCGCGAGCUCGUUUCCUGCUCCAAUUGCACCGACUUUCAGUCCCGCCGCCUUGAGAUUCGCUGUGGCGCCGCGCAGAAGGGCCCCGAGAAGAAGAAAUCUUACUGUCACCUUCUCAACUCCACCCUCACUGCUACUGAACGCACGCUCUGUUGCGUCCUCGAGAACUGGCAGACCCCGGAGGGCUUUGUCGUGCCCCCGGCACUUCGUCCUUGGAUGCAGGGCAUCGAGUUCAUCCCGUUUGUCAAAAAGCUGGAUAAGAAAGGCAAGCUCGUGGAGGUCAGCCCGCCCCCACCGCCCCUCUUUGCGCCGAAGGAAAACGAGCCCGUCGAAGCUAAGACGGCCGCAGAGAUGAUCGCUGCACUGAAUCUUGGACAGUGA